CGUUCUGCCAUUGUGAAUUGCACGAAUGUAAGAAGAAGUGGCUAAACCAUUUGUUUUUGACAGUACUCAGCGCUGAAGAAAGUAAAUUAAAAAUGGGACGCAAAUCAAAGACCGCUGCUGGUAAAAAAGGUGCUGCUGCACCAGCUAAGGCUGCCAUCAACAAGUCCAAGAAGGAUAAAAAUAUAUUUAAAGUAAACGAUGCCAAAAAUAAGAAGAAACCAAAGGAAGUGCAAGGAAAAUUGAAGAAGAUCAAGGAAGUGGUCAAGAAUAAGCAGGAGAAAAUCGAUGCAAACUUGAAGGAGUUGCAUAAGGAUAUGGUCGUGAAGAAACCAAAGGCCGCAACCAAUAAUGCAUCGAUUAAGAAGAAUAAGAAGGCACCAGCCAACACGAAUAAUGUAUCCCAAAAAUUAGACAAUUUGAAAUUUUAAAAAUCGUUAGUCCAUAUCAAAACGAAAAACAAUCUGCUGAUUGAAGUGUCGCUCUAGCAGCGAAAUUUAGGCAAUUAGAUGUUGAUGUUUCAUUCACUAGAGCAUUUUAAUUCCAUGUUUUAGUAUGAAUAUCGAUAUAUAUAUGUACUUAUAUAUUAUAAGUAUUUAGUGAGUUUUGUUGGACAAGAUCUAGCAUAUUUUAUGGAAAUUCGAAUUAACACGCGUGUAUAAAUAAGUACAAAUGCUGAAACAUUAACAAACACAUACAUAGUUAAUUUACAAUAAAACAUACAUACAUAUAUGUAAAAUAUAUGACAUAAAUCCCCUCAAAUAA